ACAACCAUAAGGGAAACCCCAUAUAGCAUUUCCGGCGCCUCCUUCACCUCCCAGACAAGCAAGUGACGCUGCCGCCAACCCUUACUCUAAAACCCCAUAAACCUUUCGGUUUUCGGACUUCGGCCGCACCGCACCUGUACGCCGAGAACAGAGCCAUUGCUGUCGGUAGACAUGGCGCCUUCUUCGAAAAAAUCUCAGAAAAAUAAAUCCAAAGGCAAGCUCGUGGACAAAUCCUCUAAGAAAAUCUUUAAAGAGAAGAGGAAACCAGCCAGCGCCAUUAGCUCUGAAGCACUGGAUAUGCAGCUCCAAGAUGACGUCCCUGAUUUUCCCAGAGGUGGAGGGAGUUCUCUGAGCUCCAGGCGAACUCGAGAAAUCCGUGCAGAUGAUGAUUAUGAAUUUGGGACUGAGGAUCAUUUGAAAAAGAAGAACAAAAAGAGAAGCAGCAUGUCUAGUAAGAGUGGCUUAUCCGCAGAUGAUUUGGGUUUGCUAUCCGGUGGCGGAAUCAGGGGAAAACUACCAAGAUACGCGAAUAGAAUAACUUUCAAGAAUAUAUCUCCUGGCAUGAAACUUUGGGGACUUGUGGCUGAAGUCAAUGAAAAAGACCUUGCAAUUAGUUUACCAGGGGGUUUACGUGGAUUAGUUCAUGCAUCUGACGCGGUUGAUCCUAUUUGGAACGACCAAAUUGAGGUUGGAGAAGGUUUCCUUUCUAGUUCCUUUUAUGUUGGACAGCUGGUUUCUUGUGUUGUAUUGCGAUCAGAUGAAAACAGUAAAGACAAAGGCAAACGAAAAAUUUGGCUGUCUUUGCGCCUUUCAAUGUUACACAACUUCAAUUUAGAUGUCAUUCAAGAAGGCAUGGUCCUUUCUGCAUAUGUGAAAAGCAUCGAAGACCAUGGUUAUAUUCUUCAUUUUGGCCAGACUUCUUUUAUGGGAUUUUUACCAAAGGAUAGUCUUUCUGAUGGUAGGAGUGAUAGGGUAAAAACUGGGCAACUUCUGCAGGGAGUAGUUAGGAGCAUUGAUAAAGGUCGUAAAGUUCUUUAUAUGAGUUCUGACCCUGAUACAGUCUCUAAAUGCGUGACCAAGGAUCUCAAGGGUAUAUCAAUUGAUCUUCUCAUACCUGGCAUGAUGGUUAAUGCCCGUGUGAAGUCAAUUCUUGAUAAUGGCAUUAUGUUAUCAUUUCUCAAUUAUUUCACUGGGACUGUUGAUCUUUUUCAUUUGCAAAAUAUAUAUCCUUCAACAAACUGGAAAGAUGAUUACAGUGAAUCUCAGAAGGUUAUUGCUAGGAUAUUAUUUAUUGAUCCAUUGACUAGAGCUGUUGGUUUGACGCUGAAUCCACAUCUUGUUCAGAACAAGACCCCUCCAUCUGAUGUUAAAAUCGGAGAUAUAUAUGAUGAUGCAAGAGUUGUUAGGGUGGAUAGAGGUUUAGGCCUAUUGCUUGAAGUUCCAUCAAUUCCGGAGUCAACUCCGGCAUAUGUCAGUACAUCUGAUAUUGAUGAAGUGGAGAUCCAGAAGCUUCAAAAGAAGUACAAGGAAGGAAAUCAUGUUAGAGUUCGAAUCCUUGGGUUAAGGCAUUUGGAAGGACUUGCUACUGGAAUUUUGAAGGCUAGUGCUUUUGAAGCAGAUGUGUUCACACAUUCUGAUGCCAAGCCAGGGAUGGUGGUGAAGGCUAAGAUUCUUUCUGUUGAUGCCUUUGGUGCUAUUGUGCAAAUUCCUGGUGGUUUGAAGGCACUUUGUCCUCUUCGUCAUAUGUCUGAACUUGAGAUUGCUAAGCCCACAAAAAAAUUUGAGGUGGGAGCUGAAUUGGUAUUCCGUGUACUUGGUGUCAAGUCAAAAAGGAUAACAGUUACCCACAAGAAAACCCUUGUGAAAUCAAAACUUGGGAUUAUAAGUUCAUAUGCUGAUGCAACAGACGGAUUAAUAACUCAUGGCUGGAUAGCAAAGAUCGAAAUGCAUGGGUGUAUUGUACGGUUUUACAAUGGAGUUCAAGGAUUUGUACCCAGGUCUGAACUUGGUUUAGAGCCUGGAAGUGAUCCCAGUUUGGUAUAUACUGUUGGCCAAGUUGUCAAAUGUCGGGUAAUCAGCUCCAUUCCUGCUUCACGGAGGAUCAACCUUAGUUUCAUUAUAAAGCCUACAAGGGCUUCCGAAGAGGAUAUGGUUAAGUUGGGUAGUCUUGUUUCAGGAGUUGUUGACAGAGUAACAUCAGAUGCUGUAGUUGUUUUUUGUAAACGCCAUAGGCUUUUCAAUGGUAAAAUAUCUGUAGAGCACUUGGCAGAUCAUCAUGGGCAAGCUAUUUUAAUGAAGUCAGUCUUGAAACCAGGAUAUAAUUUUGAUCAACUACUUGUUUUAGAUAUUAAUAGCAACAAUUUGGUUCUGUCUGCAAAAAGUUCGCUUAUCAAAUUUGCUCAUCAGAUUCCUGCAGAUAUCAGUCAGAUUCAUCCUAACUCGGUUGUGCAUGGUUACAUUUGUAACUUAAUUGAGACAGGUUGCUUUGUCCGUUUCCUUGGUCGAUUGACCGGUUUCUCUCCAAUAAAAAAGGCAACUGAUGACAAGAAAACCAACCUUUUGGAAGCCUACUACAUUGGGCAAUCUGUGCGCUGCAAUGUUUUAGAUAUAAGUAGUGAGACUGGUAGAAUGACACUAUCUCUCAAGCAGUCGUCAAGUUCUUCAACAGAUGCAUCAUUUAUUCAAGACUACUUUCUUAUGAAGGAAAAGAUUGCUAAGUUGCAGUGCUUGGGCUCUGGUGGCUCUGAUUUAGAUUGGGAUGAAGGAUUUAGCAUUGGAGCAAUAGUUGAUGGGAAAGUUGAUGAUGUUAAGGAAGUGGGAGUUGUUCUAAAUUUUGAAAAGUAUAAUGAUGUUUUUGGAUUUAUCACGAACUAUCAGUUAGCUGGAGCUGUGUUAGAAAAAGGCUCUGCUGUGAAAGCGAUGGUUCUAGAUGUUUCCAAGGAAGAACGCCUCGUUGAUUUAUCUCUAAGACCUGAGUUAAUGAAAGGAUCUAGAGAAGGGAGUUCCCAAAAGCUUGCUCACAAAAAGAAACGGAGAAGAGAAGCAAUUAAGGGCUUGUUGGCUCAUCAGACAGUGAAUGCAGUAGUAGAAAUUGUGAAGGAGAACUACUUGGUUUUAUCUAUUCCAGAGCAUAAUUAUUCUAUAGGAUAUGCAUCGUUAUCUGACUACAAUACUCAAAAGUUUCCUCAGAAGCAGUUCUUAAAUGGACAAAGUGUCAUUGCAAUUGUGAUGGUCUUCCAAGCCUAUUCUAAAAGAGCCAAGAAGUCUAGUUAAAAAGUUGGAUCUCUGGUUCAGGCAGAGAUCACAGAAAUCAAGCCUCUUGAGCUGAAACUGAAGUUUGGAGUUGCUCUACGUGGUAGGGUUCACAUAACGGAGGGAAUUUUUAUUUUUAUAUCUGAUAUGUGCAUGAUAUAAAAUGUUUUGGAAAACCCUGUUGCUAGCUAUAAAAUUGGGCAAACAGUGACAGCAAGGAUUGUUGCAAACGUAAUGAAUCUGACAAACCAUAGGAAGGCCUUGCUGUGGGAACUGUCGGUCAGACCUAAAAGGCUUGCAGGUACCAGUGAUAUGGUAGACACUAUUAGUGAAAAUUUUGAAUUCUCAACUGGGCAAUGUGUCACUGGUUAUGUAUAUAAAGUGGAAAGUGAAUGGAUCUGGUUAACAGUAUCUCGAAGUGUGAGGGCCCAGCUUUAUAUACUUGACAGUUCUUGUGAACCCAAUGAGCUUGAGGAUUUCCAGAAUCGAUUUUAUGUGGGACAACCUGUUUCUGGUUAUAUUCUGAGUAUCAACAAGGAGAAGAAGUUGUUGCGGUUGAUUUACGACCCUUUCCUACUCUACAUCAAAGAACUGGUAAUACAUGACAAUCAAAUAGAUGAUCGACAAGCAGAUGUUCCGAAUGAGGAUAUUACAGCUUACAUUCAUGAAGGAGAUGUUUUGGGUGAAAGAAUUUCUAAAAUUAUUCCAGGUGUUGGUGGAUUGCUUGUCCAAGUUGGUCCUCAUACAUAUGGAAGAGUACACUUUACUGAACUUGCAGAAACAUGGGUGCCUGACCCAUUGUCUGGAUAUCACAUAGGACAGUUUGUCAAAUCUGUGGUUCUUGAAGUCAGCCACUCUGUCAAGGGUACUGUUCAUGUUGACUUGUCAUUUCGGUCUUCAGAUCAGAUGCUUUCUCAGAAUGCCAAAGAAAUACUAAAACAUUGAGUAAACAUUUGCAAACAUGUUGAGAAGAUUGAGGAUCUUCAUCCUGAUAUGGUGGUACAGGGUUAUGUAAAAAAUGUCUCUCCAAAAGGAUGCUUCAUUUUGCUCUCACGAAAGAUUGAUGCCAGGAUUCUUCUGUCAAACCUAUCUGAUAUAUAUAUUAAAGAUCCUGAAAAUGAAUUUCCUGUGGGAAAGCUUGUAACGGGAAGGGUGUUAUCUGUGGAUCCUCUUUCAAAUCAUGUUGAAGUUACAUUGAAGAAAUCAGAUGGUACCAGUCGAACCAAUUCUGAUAUUGUUGAUUUCAGUAAAUUUCACGUGGGAGAUAUUAUAUCUGGCAGGGUUAAGCGAGUGGAGCCAUAUGGUCUAUUCAUUGCAAUUGACAACACAAACAUGGUUGGAUUAUGCCAUGUAUCAGAGAUUUCUGAUGAUCAUAUUGACAAAAUAGACACGAAGUUUAAAGCUGGAGAGAAAGUAAAUGCACGAAUAUUGAAGGUAGAUGAAGAAAGAAAACGGAUUGCUUUGGGAAUGAAGAAUUCAUACAUGAGAGAUGAUUCUGCGCUUGAAGCUUCUUUAGAACAAGAAUCGGAUGCAUGCUUUUCGGAUAAACUAAAGUCUAUUGCUCCAAUGUAUAGCAGUUUGCUUGACACUCAAAUUAUGAAUAUUGAAGAUGAAAAUAAUCGGUGUCUGAAUUUUUCACAAGCAGAAGCAAGGGCGUCCAUUCUUCCUCUUGAUGUUAAUCUUGAGGACCUUGAUCAGUUUGAUGUAGAUAACACUACUAGCCAAAAUCAUGCGAAAGAAGACACUAUAGAUGAAAAGGAAAAGAAGCGUGCAAAGAAAAAAGAAAUCAGAGAGAGGGAGAAAGAAAUAAGGGCUGCAGAGGAAAGACUGCUGGAAGAGGACAUACCAAGGACUGCUGAUGAAUUUGAAAAGAUGGUUAGAAGCUCUCCAAAUAACAGUUUUAUCUGGAUAAAAUACAUGGAUUUAAUGAUUUCCAUGGCUGAUAUUGAGAAAGCCCGCUCAAUUGCUGAGAGGGCUUUGAGGACGAUAAACAUACGAGAAGAAAAUGAGAAGCUCAAUAUCUGGAAGGCCUACUUGAAUUUGGAAAAUGAGUUUGGAAACCCUAAAGAGGAGGCCGUUAUGAAAGUAUUCCAAAGAGCUCUGCAGUAUAAUGAUCCCAAAAAAGUCUAUCUAGCUCUUCUGGGAUUGUAUGAGAGGACCGAGCAGCAUCAGUUGGCUGAUGAGCUUGUCAAUAAAAUGACAAAGAAGUUUAAGCAUUCAUGCAAGAUUUGGUUGAGGCUUGUACGAAGACUUCUGAAGCAAAACCAGGAUGGAAAUCAGUCUGCUGUCAAUCGUGCUUUGUUGAGCCUUCCCCGACAUAAGCAUAUUAAGUUCAUCUCUCAGACAGCAAUUCUUGAAUUUAGAGCUGGGGUACCUGAUAGGGGACGAUCCAUGUUUGAAGGAAUAUUACGUGAAUACCCAAAGAGAACAGACUUGUGGAGUGUUUAUCUUGAUCAGGAAAUUCAACUAAAAGAUUCGGAUGUAAUCCGUGCAUUGUUUGAGAGGGCAAUUAGUCUGAGCCUCCCACCUAAAAAGAUGAAAUUCUUGUUCAAAAAGUAUCUGGAGUACGAGAAGUCCCAAGGUGACGAGGAACGGAUUGAAUAUGUGAAAAAGAAAGCAAUGGAAUACGUCGAGAGCGCCAUGGGCUGAUGCAAAAUUGAUCGUUUUGUGGUGCAUGAUUGUCAGCAAUAGUAAAAAAUACCAGAAGCGGCUGUUGCCUGGUAUGAUUAUUGGCUUAUUCCACUGCUCCUGCAUUAUACUGCUAACCCGCUAUCUACAGCAUAGGCUUACUGCAUCGACGAGAGCUUGUGGGAUCCCUGAAUGCAUCAAACGUGCCCUCUGCUGGGAAAACGAUGGGAUGGGCAAAUUUUUGGCUGAAAUUGAGGAUUACAUUAGGAGCCAGGCUUCUAUAUCCAUUUCUUCUCAAUUGUACGAUACUAGCGCUAUGUACGUUUUGUCCAAAUGUGUGAUAUUCUCUUCAGUUUAAUGGUAUUAGCCAUCUUAUAUUACUUUUUAACUCA